AGAUGGUGACGGAAAUGAAGUGAAAUCCUCAUGCAAAAUCAAAGCAAAAAUCGAAAAGGAAAGGAUCGAUCAAAUGCAUGAGUGUUGAGUGCCUGCCGUCAGAGACGUAGUGUGGUUUUGUUGUUAUUGUUGUUGUUGUUUGUGUAUUGUUGUACAGUGUAAUGGCCAGAAGAGAUCUCUGAGAGCGAGAGAUAGAGAGCUUAUAUGUGAAAAAGGACUCCCGAGAGAAACCGUGAACGCACACACAAAAGAUACAAAAGCAAACACAACCAAGAACUGAAAGAAAUCCACAAAACCCAUAGGAAAAAAAAAAACAAAAAACGACACGGCAUAUUUUGUACAUAAAAACACUAUAGCGACUUUCAUUCAUGGAAUGAGUGGUGCGUGCAACACGAAAUUAAUUCAAUAAUCGUAAAAAGAGAGGAAUAAGCCAUAUUAAUGUGUAUAUCUCGAUAAGUACCGCACUCCACUCCACAUACGACGAAUACGAUACAACCGAGGAAGGGAAAGAAAAGAUACUCAAAAUUACGGCAUACGCUAUACAGAUAACGGCAGCAUUGGACUACACUCAAAGCUCCUGCUGCUGCACCACCGACACCGCCUCCGCCGCUGCCACAGCCACAGCCACAGCCACCACUAUCCACAGCCAUAGCCAUAGCAGAAACUGCAACAGCCACAGCCACAGAAUGCCAGUGAAAAAGCAAGAAGCUCAUCGCGCUCUGGAACUGCUCGAGGACUACCAUGCCCGACUCUCCGAGCCGCAGGAUCGAGCGCUGCGUAUUGCAAUCGAACGCGUUAUACGCAUAUUUAAGUCUCGCUUGUUUCAAGCGCUGUUAGAUAUACAAGAAUUCUAUGAAUUGACCUUAUUGGAUGACUCAAAGAGCAUACAGCAAAAGACAGCGGAGACCUUGCAGAUAGCAACCAAAUGGGAGAAGGAUGGCCAGGCCGUUAAGAUAGCCGAUAACCAGCGCAUGCGCAUCGAAUCAGACACGGAGAAUGCCAAGGAUUUGCCGGCCGAGAAUCAACAGCAGGUGCGCAGCUCCCGAUCUCCGCAGCAGCAGCAGCAGCAGUUACCGCAGUCACAAUCCACGACAUCGGCCAGAAGCGGGUCCCAGACCGUGAAUGGCGACGAUAGCUGGCUGUACGAGGACAUACAAUUGGAGCGUGGAAACUCUGGUCUGGGCUUCUCGAUUGCCGGCGGCACAGACAAUCCGCACAUUGGCACGGACACAUCGAUUUACAUCACAAAACUGAUAUCCGGCGGUGCAGCCGCCGCCGAUGGUCGCUUGAGCAUCAACGACAUCAUUGUCUCUGUGAACGAUGUCUCUGUGGUGGAUGUGCCGCACGCCUCGGCCGUGGAGGCGCUCAAAAAGGCUGGCAAUGCGGUCAAAUUGCAUGUGAAACGAAAACGCGGAACGGCCACGGCCACAGCCACAGCGGCCACUUCGCCAGCAGCAGGAGGCACCGCCGCCGCCACAGCUGGCGAUGCCCGUGACAGUGGUUCAGCGGGCGGUGGGUCAAAGGUGAUUGAAAUCGAUCUGGUCAAGGGCGGCAAGGGUCUGGGCUUCUCCAUAGCCGGGGGCAUUGGCAAUCAGCACAUACCCGGCGACAAUGGCAUCUAUGUGACGAAGCUAAUGGACGGCGGAGCGGCCGGUGUGGAUGGUCGGCUCUCCAUCGGCGAUAAGCUUAUAGCAGUGCGCACUAAUGGGAGCGAAAAGAAUCUGGAGAAUGUAACGCACGAGCUGGCGGUGGCCACAUUGAAGUCCAUUACGGAUAAAGUGACGUUGAUUGUGGGCAAGACGCAGCAUUUGACCAGCACAGCAGGAGCAGGAGCAGGAGCAGGGCUGCAGCAACAGCAGCUAUCACAGUCACAAUCCCAGCUGGCGACGAGCCAAAGCCAAAGCCAAGUGAAGGAACAACAGCAAGUGAACUCUCAGUCGACAGAGCCCGGCUCGAGAUAUGCAUCCACGAAUGUCCUGGCCGCUGUCCCGCCUGGCACACCGCGCGCCGUCAGCACCGAGGAUAUAACCAGAGAACCGCGCACCAUCACCAUACAGAAGGGCCCACAGGGACUCGGCUUCAACAUUGUUGGCGGCGAGGAUGGCCAAGGGAUCUACGUGUCGUUCAUACUGGCCGGCGGACCAGCGGAUCUGGGCUCUGAGCUGAAGCGCGGCGAUCAGCUGCUCAGCGUUAACAAUGCCAAUCUGACGCAUGCCACGCACGAGGAGGCCGCUCAGGCGCUUAAAACAUCUGGCGGCGUUGUCACCUUGGUGGCACAGUACCGACCCGAGGAAUAUAAUCGUUUUGAGGCUCGCAUUCAGGAGCUGAAACAGCAGGCCGCCCUCGGGGCUGGGGGCUCUGGCACCUUGCUGCGGACCACACAGAAGCGUUCGCUAUAUGUUCGGGCCCUGUUCGAUUACGAUCCGAAUCGAGACGAUGGACUGCCGUCGCGGGGACUGCCCUUCAAGCAUGGCGACAUCUUGCACGUGACGAACGCCUCCGACGAUGAGUGGUGGCAGGCGCGACGUGUCUUGGGCGACAACGAGGACGAGCAAAUCGGUAUUGUGCCAUCGAAGAGGCGCUGGGAGCGCAAAAUGCGGGCACGGGAUCGUAGCGUCAAGUUCCAGGGACAUGCGGCGGCCAAUAAUAAUCUAGACAAGCAAUCGACAUUGGAUCGAAAGAAAAAGAAUUUCACAUUCUCGCGCAAAUUUCCGUUUAUGAAGAGUCGCGAUGAAAAGAAUGAAGAUGGCAGCGACCAAGAGCCUUUUAUGCUUUGCUACACACAAGACGAUGCCAAUGCUGAAGGAGCCUCCGAGGAGAAUGUACUGUCGUACGAGGCCGUGCAGCGUUUGUCCAUCAACUAUACGCGUCCCGUCAUCAUACUGGGACCCCUGAAGGAUCGCAUCAACGAUGACCUAAUAUCUGAAUAUCCCGAGAAGUUUGGAUCUUGUGUGCCACACACCACGCGGCCCAAACGCGAAUAUGAGGUGGAUGGUCGUGACUAUCACUUUGUCUCCUCACGUGAACAAAUGGAGCGCGACAUUCAGAACCACCUGUUCAUCGAGGCGGGCCAGUACAAUGAUAAUCUGUAUGGCACCUCGGUGGCCAGUGUGCGCGAGGUGGCAGAGAAGGGCAAACACUGCAUUCUGGACGUGUCGGGGAAUGCCAUCAAGCGUCUGCAGGUGGCCCAGCUCUAUCCGGUAGCCGUUUUCAUUAAACCCAAAUCGGUGGACUCUGUGAUGGAGAUGAAUCGUCGUAUGACCGAGGAACAGGCCAAGAAGACUUAUGAGCGUGCGAUUAAAAUGGAGCAGGAGUUUGGCGAAUACUUUACGGGCGUUGUCCAAGGCGACACCAUUGAGGAGAUAUAUAGCAAAGUGAAGUCAAUGAUUUGGUCUCAGUCGGGACCAACCAUUUGGGUACCUUCCAAGGAAUCUCUAUGACCAACAGCCACAACAACAUGGACACUGCCGCCUCGAGUCCGUUGUCGACCAGUCUCGAGAACAACAAAUACAGCAACAACAAAUCAACCGCAACAGAAAACGCCGCACUGAUGAUGAUGCAUCACAAAAUAAUUAACAAAAACAAAUGACGAGUACACAAAACAGGACACACGACGACCAUUACACUUGACGAUUGACUUAAGAACAAAACAAACAAAAUUGACGCAGCCGCAGCAGCCAACUUAAUGUAGCAAAAAAAUUGUCCAAAAAAUGUAUUUGGAUGGUAGAUAGAUGUACGCCGCUUAGUGGAACGUACAUAUGUUUAAGUCGAGGAGGAACAUCAGAGCAAAGCAUUUGGCAUCGUGUAGCGAGAAGGAGAGAACAGAGCAGAGCAAAGCAAAGCAGACCAGAGCAGUGCAGAGCAGAGCAGAGCAGACAGCACAGUGACGACAGCCCCCAUGGACGGACGGAUUAUAGAUGAUGAUGAUGUUUAACUGAAGCGGACAAAGGUGUAUAGUUUUUAGUUAGAACAAAGUUUGGAGAAAGGAUAAGGAGAAACAAAGCGAAAUAUAAUAUAUACACACACACACUUAUAUAUUAAGAUCUGAUUAUGAUGGCAUAAAGCAGAGAACAGAGAGCAGAUGGAUAGCAAGAGGGCAAGAGAGAGCAUUAGCAGGAGGCAAAAGGCGGAAGGCAGAUGCAGAAAUCGAUAAGCAAAUGCUUAGAAACGUUCGUUAAGCGCUAGAAUGUUGUUUGUUUUAUGUUGAUGUUUAUAUACGAGAGCCAAGAGUUAUAGCGAGUUAGUUAUGUUGAAGAAU